UUUGUAUCGCAACCAUAGACCGGUGGUCUGUGAUCGCCACUGGAGUACACUACCACUUACGCGAAAGACUAAAACUGUUGAUAAAUUGAGAAGAGGAAAAAAAAGACAUUUGAAAUCAAAAUUAUUAUUUUGAAUUUUGUUUAUAACACAUUCAAGUCUAUUUUGAUUGUUGAAAAGUGAUGAUUAUUGUAUAUUAAUAUAUUCAUUGUGCCAUGGAAGGCGAUAAUGUUGUUAGGACAGAUCGGUUUAGGAGGAUUCAAGGUGCCUGCUUGCAAAUUGGUGAUAAAAUAUAUCCAGUUUAUAAGGGAACCAAUACCGUUGGAAGAAACAAAGUUGCAACUAUCAAUGUAAAGCAUUUGAAUGUCAGUCAGAACCAAGCUAUUAUAAUUUUAGUAGAUGAUCAGCAACACUUCAUCAGUGAUCUUAACUCUUCCAAUGGAACAUUUUUGCAUGAUGCUGAACUUGUGCCUUUUAAGCUUUAUGAACUAGCAACAGACACAAAAAUCACAUUUGGAGAUGUUGUUGGAACAUAUAAAAAGAUAUCAAAGUUAAACAAUACCCUAAACUUAAUGGAGACAGCUGAGAUGACUCAGGAUAUAACUCAAAAUUUUUAUGCUGCUAACACACAACUUAUUUUUGACCACACAGUUGCUGACCAAAUUACCGAACACUCUCAUAUCCAUUCUCUCCAAAAUGGACAUUCAGCAGAUCCAGAAAAUAUACAUGAAAUGGAUACUCAAGUAAUAGAAUAUCCACUGACAAAUAUUCAAAGAAAUGAACCAACUUGUAACUCACCACUCAUUGUAACUGAAAAUUUGAACAAAUGUGUUAUAAAAGAGCCUGUAGACAAUUUUAUUCAUGAAGCUCCUACACAGAUUCUGGAUUAUUCUGACCUAAAAAUCUCAAACCAGUCGCCUCUCAAGAAAAAAAGUGAAACAAUUUCUAGAGAAGAUGCAGAAGAUAUACAAGUUAUCACUGGUUUCAAGGCAAUAGAAAUGAAUUCUUCAGAGGAAGUAUCUAGAAUCAAAAUGAGAGAAUCUCCAAAUGAUAUUAAAAACAUUGAAAUAUCCCAAAAAUCCGGCACAGAUGAAAUAACACAAAUCUUGAAUGAAGAUGAAACCCAAAAAGCUAUUGAGCUAAUUAACACUAGUUUGCUAAAAGAUUCCGAAGACAAAAAACAAAAAAAUAUUUCAUCAGGUUCCUUCAGCUCUAAAACUUCUCCAGAAUCAAAUUCGGGAGUAACAACUCAAGUUUUGAAUGAAAAUGAAAUGCAAAAGACCAUUGAACUAUUCAACCCAACUUUACAAAAGCUUGACAAAGACAAAAAGAAUGAAAGGGAAGUGUUUCAUUCAAGUCAAACUCCUUGUACUUCAGGAAUGAAUAGAAACACAACAUUUCAAAAUGAUGAAUCAUUCAUGAGUUUUCGCAAACAAAUAAAUGUGAAUGAGGAAAUAGAAGAUACGUUCAUUGAAGAAAGUGUGAGUAAUGAUUCUGUUGACUUUUUAACAAUGCAGGUUCAUGAUCGUACUGAAGAAAAUACAGAAGACAGUCAACCUGAAAAGAAGUCUACUACUUCUGUGAAGCGACAAGUUACAACUAAUGUAGGUUCUGUCAAAGACAUUAUGGUUGAUAAAUUUAGUUGUGACGGUCCUGAAAGUGACAUUUUUCAUAGGUCAAAAACACCUACUCCAAAACUUCCUUCCGAACAGGAAGAAAAAAGUAUCAACUCAGAUUCUGAAACUGACAUUGAAGAUUCCGAAAGCAAAACAAAGAAACUAGGACCAAAGCAGCUGAAUUUUGAUGAUUCCAAUGUCAAGUUGAAAUGCCCUAAAAAAAUGACUUCUGAACGAAAAAAAUUGAAGAAAACAAUCUCAGAAAAUCCUGACUCUGAUACUGACAUUGAAGAUAUUCAAGAAAUUGGAUUCAAAAAGAAACCUCUACGGAAAUUGAACUCUGACGAAGAUUUGACUCAGUCAAAAUUGGCAGGAUAUAUGUCGGGUUCAGAUACUGACUGUGAGAAAGAAAUCAAAGAUAAACAUAGUAGGAACCAUGUAGAUUUGGAAAAUAAAAAGCAAGAUAAAGAUUCUGGUUCUGAUACUGAUAUUGAAGUUGAGAAACAUUCAGGUGUUACUCAAAUGAAUGAUGGUGAUUUGAAUGAAACAGACUGUAUUCCAGCUACUCAGGAUGCUUUUGCUGAAGCUUUUGAUUAUAAGGCCCAGAGAACAGAAAAUAGUUGUAAUCAGUCUUCUGAAGAGAGUUUCAAAUUAGGAAUUACUGAACUUUUGAAUGAAAGCAGUGAAAAUAAAGCAUAUGUUGAAGUGAACACCGAAAAUAAGAUAGAUGAUAUUGUUGAUAACCAAAAUAGUCAUGGUAGACAAACUGAUGAAAUUUCCACAAAUAUAGAAGAACACUAUAAUGCGGACCAAGAAAAUAAUGAUUCAAUUCUUGAUAAUUCAAGUGAAAUGGAAAAAGAGCAAAAGAAUGAUAACAUUUAUAUUUUACCAACUCAAAAAUUUAGAGGUGACGACAGUAAACCAAACCUGACUGAUGGGGAUCAUCGAUCACUUCAAACAGAUGAAGAGAUUCCAACUGUCAGUAAAGAUAAUGAUGAUGUCUACAUGCUAGCAACUCAAAAAAUGGAUACUGAGAAAGAUGUUUUCACAGACUUCAAAGCCCCUUCUAAAAUGUUCACUUUCAAGAAAAAAGGUGCUAAUUUGGAGGAUUCACUGACAACAAUUUUGAGUGACAAUAAAAAUGAAGUAGACAUCUAUAUGAUGGCAACACAAAAUAUUAAUGAAUCUUCAAGUGUAGAGAAAAAUGAUGACGUGUACUUACAAGCUACUCAACAAUUAGAGGCACGUGAGACUAAGGAAUAUGAUGUUUUUUCGCAGCCAACCCAAUGUUUGAAUGAUAAUAGGCACAAACCCGGUAGUCAGUCAAGAGAAAAUGAGGAAGAUGAAGAUAUUUAUAUGGCAGCCACUCAGCAGAUGGAGAGCAGAUUAAUAAGAAAAUCAAAUAUAAAAUCAAUGACUCCUUUAUUGAAGGACCAGGAAGAUGUAUAUAUGCAGGACACUCAAAAAAUCCAAGAAGAAACUGCCCAAGACAUUAUCAAAAACUCAAAUUCAAUUCCAUGCGUUGCAACUGACUCAAUGAGUACUUCCACCUGUGUGUACAAUUCAGAGACCCAGGCCAAUGAAACCCAGUCAGAAAUACCAUUUGCUGAUGACAAUGUGCAAGUGGUGGUGACUCAGUGUUCUAGUCGUCCACAAAAUCCAUUGUUACAUAUUUUAAAUGAUGAAGCGAUGUCUGAAGAAGUGAAAAAGUCGAGUGGUUCUUCUACGAAACGUUCUCGAGUUAUCCAAGAAAGUAUCCCAGAAUCGCCCAUCAAAAAAGUUAAAUCAAUCCAUGUGGAAAGCUUGCUGGAAAAAAUAACUUCAGAUUCACGAAAGAAUGAUGUUGAGACUUUGAGUCAGAUCGAAAAUUUUGUUAAACAACCACUUGAGAUUGUACCAAAAUUACCAAAAAGAAAAGAAUUGAUAGCUGUGGAGGAAACGGCAGUCCAAAAAGAUAAUUUAGAAACUUUGAGUCACAUUGAAGCAUUUGUACAGAAACCUCUUGAAGAACUAAAGUACAGAAAAUCUAUAAGAACAGAAAAAAAAAGUGUAGCUGAGGAAAGAUCUGAAAUCUCAGAGACCUUGAGUCAAAUUGAUGCAUUUGUGAAAAAACCUUUUGAGAGUGUUCAAGAAGAAAAAAAACAAGAACCGUCUAGACAUGAAAUAAGAAAGAGUACUCGCCGAAAAAGUCAGACAGAAAGUUCAACAUCCUCUGUAAACGAGAAAGAGGAGAUAAAAGAUGAGAACAGGCUUUCAAGAAGAAUGUCCAAAAGAAGGCACUCAAAUAACAAAUGUGAAACUAAGGCAACCGCUGAAAACGAUAAACUAGACGUGAUAAAAGAAUACAAUGAAGCCGAUGACUUUGAAGAUACCUGUGAACGGUUAUCAAGAACUAAAAGUAGAACUAAAGGUAAAGAAAGAUUACAGUUAGGAGUUAAUGACAAUGAGAAUCUGGAAAAGAAUCAUAGUUCAGAAGAUAGCAGAUCUCAUGAGGUCAAAAGUGACGUCGAUCAAAGUUUUGCUUUGUUGGAAUCUAAAUGCUCUAAAGUGAAAAGACAACCAAGAAAAGAUCCUGUUUUAAAUGAAAUAAAAGUUUCUAUCACCUCUCAUAGAAGGAGCAUGAGCACAGCAGAAUCUUCAAAGAAAUCAACUGUAGAACUUUUUCCCCUUAAAAAAUCUAGAAGAACCACAGUGAACAACAAUACUGUACCAAAUACAUCUGGUAUGACAAAGCGAAAAGCUGAAACUAUUACUAAAUCCAGAAAAGAAAAUGAUGUCGAUUCUGAUUCAGAUUCUGAGAUUUUAUCGAAAAAAUCAAGAAAAAGUUCUAAAAUUAACAAACGAACUAUAGAUCAAAACACUACAAAUAAUGAAGCAAGUUUAAUUAACCAAAAACCCUCAUCAUCAAAACAAAUUAGUAGAAGUGAUAAAAAUAUUAAAAUUUUAUCCACAAGUGAGGAAAGUGAUGUAAAUAAGAUUUAUAAUGAUAGCAAAAAACACCAUACUGUCACAAGUGAUGAAAAUGAUACCAUAAACAGUUCUGCAACACCUCUAAAAUCAAAAAGAGGAGGCAAGUCCAUUUCAAACGAGACCUUGGAAACACCUAGGAGGGGUCAGAGGAGUGUGGCAAAUGAAACUCUUUUGAGUUCUGCAGAGAGAUUGAAGAGAAAGCUGAAGCCAAAAGUUGUAUUCACAAUGUUAGAAAGUCCUCAGCUUGAGUCAUUUAUCAAACAUUUGGGUGGAAGUAUUGUGGAUACCGUAGAUUCUUCAACAGUUUUGGUAACAGAGCAUGUGAAAAGGUCUCAAAAGCUGCUAACUGCCGUUGCACAAGGAAAACCCAUCUGUUCUCCAAAAUGGAUCCAUGCUUCCAAAAAAAUGAACGAGUUUCUUGAUCCAUGGGACUAUAUUCUCGUUGAUAUUGAAGCCGAGAUAAAAUGGCAAUUUUCCUUGAAAGAGUCGCUUACCAGAGCUGCUAAUAAUAAACUCUUGGCAAAUUAUACUUUCCAGCUGAUGGUUACGAAUGCUGCUGAUGUAUUGAAAGGUGCCAUUGAGGCAAGCGGUGGAAAAUGUGUUUCCAGAAAUCCAGGAAAAAAUUGCGGCGAAAAUAAAUUUAUAAUUGUAGCAUCUCCAGAACAUAAAUCCAAAUAUGCAAAAAUGAAGAAACAAAAUCAGAAUAUUACAAUUGUUGAACCAGAAGCCAUAUUUGAUGGAGUUUUGAGGCAAGAAUUGAGAUUUUCAAGGCACUUGUUGAGUUGAGAAAUAGAGUGGGGCAACAUCACAACUUAUUUUAUACAUGUUUACAA